AUGAAAACAGAGGUCCUCGAGAUUGAAAAGGGCGCAAGCAAAAUUGAGAUUAAGAAGGCAUACCACAAGGCCGCACUAGCACAUCACCCCGACAAGGUCGCAGAAGAAGACCGUGCAGAGGCUGAGAUCCGCUUCAAGUCCGCGAAACAAGCCUACGAAAUCCUCUCCGAUGAUGACAAACGGCAUCUGUACGACACCCACGGCAUGUCUGCCUUCGACCCCUCCAAGGGCGGUAUGGGCGGCGAAGGCCCGGAUAUCGACGACAUCUUUGCGCAAAUGUUCGGCGGCAUGGGUGGAUUUGGCGGUAUGCCAGGAAUGGGCGGUAUGGGAGGCAUGCCCGGCGGACGAAACGUGCCGCGGAAAGGACGAUCAGUAGAGCAGGAGUACGAGGUCAGCCUGGAAGAGCUGUACAAGGGCAAGACAACCAAGUUCUCCAACACGAAGAACAUCAUCUGCAACCUGUGCGAGGGUAGCGGUGGAAAGAAGGGCGCAAAGGCCAACUCCUGUGCUUCCUGUGGUGGGCGGGGUGCAAAGCAGGUUCUCCGCCAGGUCGGCCCCGGCCUUGUCACCCAAGAGACCGUUCCUUGCGGUAACUGUCAAGGAUCUGGCCAAGUCAUCCCCGAGAAGCAGCGCUGCAAGAAGUGCAAGGGCAAGAAGGUUGUCGAGACCAAGAACGUUCUCGAACUCUACAUUCCCCGUGGUGCACGACAGGGCGAACGGAUAGUUCUUGCAGGAGAGGCCGAUCAAUUACCCGACCAGGAGCCAGGCGACAUCAUCUUCACGCUUACAGAAUCGCCACAUGACGUGUUUGAGCGUGCAGGUGCGGAUUUGAGGGCCGAACUGAAGGUCAGUUUGGUGGAGGCUUUGACCGGCUUCAACCGCGUGGUAAUCACUCAUCUCGAUGGACGCGGUCUCAAGCUCAACGUACAACAACCGAACGGAAACGUACUACGACCAGGGCAGAUCCUUAAGAUCGAAGGCGAGGGCAUGCCAAUAAAGCGCAGCGACGCAAAGGGCGAUCUAUACCUGGUAGUCGAUGUCGAGUUCCCAGAGGAUGGAUGGUUAAAGAACGACGCCGCGGUACAGAAACUCCGAGAGGCAUUACCGAAGGACGAGAAGACCGACGAAAAGCACGAAGAGGAGGAAGAGGUAGACGUCGAGUGGGAUGCUGACAUGGAAGAGUAUGGUGCAGGCAGCGGAGACCCACGCGCAGGAGGCGCCGAGUGGGAAGACGACGAGGAAGCAGAGGGUCCUCAGUGUGCGACGCAGUAG